CAGGAACGCGUGGCCGUCGCGCUUUACUAUUUGACGCACUGUAUCGAGCUGGAGCAGGCAGCGGAGAAGUUCGACGUGACUCCGAGCGCUGCUGAGCGCUACGUGUGGCAGGUGGUGGACGUCCUGCUGUCGGACGGCGUGAAGGCUCAGUGCUUCACUUCCCCAUCGAGUGACGAGGGCUGGAGCAGACUCAGCGACGGGUUCGAGGCCAUUUGUGGGUAUCCGAACUGCUGCCUGGCCGUGGGGGGAAUGCUCGUGGAGAUUGAGCGCCCGAGACGGUGGGAAGGUUGGUACUGCCGCAAGCGCUUUCCGGCGGAGAACGUGCAGCUAGUGGUGGAUGCUCAGUGUCGAGUGAGAGCCAUGGAUGUGCGACCUGGAGGGGUUACGGACAAGGAGACGUUGAGGUACUCGCGGUUUGGCCGGAGCUUGGCGGAGAUUCUUCCCGAGGGAAAGCAUGUCGUCGGUCAUGCAGGAUACGCACUCUCGAAGCAUGUCGUGGUGCCUUAUCCGGUCGACAGCAGCAUGACUGAGGCUGAAGAGCUGUUUAAUACUCUGCAGUCGACGACUCAACGUGUGGUGAAGAGAACGGAGGAGAUGAUCAAGAAACGAUUCCAGAUUCUUCAGAAGCCGCUGCGACAGAAGACGGGGGAGGGAGAUGCUGCCACGACACAAAUGGCCCAGGUUAUAUCGACUGCGAUUGUGUUGCAUAACAUUUUGGUGGAGUUGGGGGAUCUAGUCGAGGUAGACUCAUCACUGGAAGACGAUACGGACGAG